GCACCAAGAGGUCUGUCAGCAGAAGAAAAACGCGUCAGGCUCUUGGAAAUAUUCCACGAGACUAAAGACUUUUUCCAGUUGAAAGAGCUGGAGAAGUUGGGUCCAAAGAUGAAAGGUAUUGUCCAGCAGUCCGUGAAGGAGGUCCUACAGGGACUUGUGGACGAUAGUCUUGUCCAGUCAGAUAAGAUUGGCUCGUCUAACUUCUUCUGGAGUUUUCCCUCUCAACGCGGCGCUCUUAUGAAUAGCCGUCUGAAUACUGCAAAAGAGACACGCGCGAAUUUACAGUCUCAAUUGCAAGAUUUGCAAGACACCAUCGAGAACGAAAAGAUUAUGCGUGCUGACAAUGACGAACGAACCUCCGCUCUGACUGAGCUCGCGUCGACAAAAGCUCAGAUAGUGGAGCUCGAGAAAGAGCUCGCACAAUAUGGAUCGUGCGAUCCCGCAAAAAUUGAGGCAAAGCGUCGUGCCGCAAAACUCGCGCACGAGGCAACAAUUAGGUGGACGGGUAAGUCGAUCCAUCAUGUUAUCAUUCAUUUCGCCGAAAAGUCGUAA